GUCCUGCAAGGUGUCAUGUAAGUUAUCUGGAAGGCUUUGGAGCUGUUGGUUGAGUAUAAGUUGGGUUAGCUGCAGUCCUGCUAGGACUGUUGGUCAGGGGGAAGAAGCUUGAUCUCUUUUGAGAAAUCUUGUUAGAGAUUUUAAUACAAACAUGAUGGUACCAGUUUAACACCCUGUUACUUUGUGGUGUGUAUAGCCAGCCUCCCAGUUGGCAGCAAUGAGGCUAAAUGUUCAGCAAACAUUCAAAAAAAGGUUUUAAUCCAUUUCUUCCUUUUGGCUGCCUCCUGAUUCUCUUACAAAUCUACUUUCCUCUUGCUCUCUUCUUGUCCUCUGCCAAAUCAUCACACCUGCCUCUUCUGUUUUCCCCUGCUGCUGUGCCUGAGUGUUGAUUUUUUUCUGAUGCAUGGCUUCUGUCCAAAUGAAAGGAAUUGCAAGUAGAAAAUACCUCCAUAGAAAUAAAUUGUGAUGCAAAUUAUAUUUCAGUAUUUCUAUCGCAUGCCAAUGAUAGUGGGAAUGAUGGAAAGAUUAAGUAGAAGUUUUGCCCUGCUGAAUAGUAAAAGCUAAUGCAAAGGUCUGUUUCCUUGCUGUCUUUGGGCAAUGUGCUUUCCAUUGUAAUCACACAGCGGGUCACUUCCCAUGUCUGACUUUGGUGACAUCGGGCCUUCUCUGCAGCUUGCUGGCUGUGGCUCACUGGCUGAACACCAGAACCAAGUGGAUCAAAAAGCCAAGACUGCUGGUUGUAUCGUUUUGGACAAUCUGAGGUGUUUCCAGUAGUAGAUUAAAAACAAAACAAGAAACAAGAAAAAGUAUUCAGGAAGGUGUCCUGUGGAUAGGGUGGACAACUUAUCAGCAUUAGUAUUCCUCCGAAAUGCAUGAGAACCAAAGCAGGUGUUUAUAUAAAUGUCUUGGGAACUUUAUUUGUUGAAAUGCCCUCUUACCUGUAUGAAAACUUCUGGUAUGCUAGUGUACAUAUUCUCAGGUUCUCAGCUAUCCCCCGUAGAAGAGUCUGGCAUUUCUUCUACCCCUUGUUCUUGUUCCUUUGCUCAGAAAGCUGGGUUGGGUCGUCUCAGAGGUAGGAUGUUUCCAUAUGCCUGUGUGGGCUGGCUGAACCUUCUUGGAGGUGUUUGGAGCAUUGAGUGGUGCACCCUGCCUGCUCUGCUCUUUUCUAUUAACUGGAAGCCACAAGCAUUGGGAUCCCUUCCCCUCUCUUUUGAGGUGUUAUUUUCAUCUUUUGCAGCGAUUGCCCAGAACCAAAAAGUCUUGGGCAAUCUCUUUGUCUUAGCUAGCAUUUUAAAUUCUUUGUGUUGUCUAUGCAUGACAGUGAAUUUUAUGCUGAGCUGCCUUUUAGUUUUUCUGCAAUCUGGAACAAAAUUAAUUGAUCAGGGUAACUAUCUUGAUGGGCUUCUCCAGUUAGUUUAUAGUCUGUCCAUUUAAAGACAGUGAAAUACCAGUGUAUUUCACAAUAGCUUGCUUUUAUGGAUGCCAGUUUGGUGUCUAGUUUCCAGUAUAAAGAUGUUAUGCUGCCUUGUGUCGUGAAGUUCUCUAAGCUUGCAUCUGGUCUUUGAUCACACAGCUUUUUAAGCUAUCCCUUCUUCUUCAGUACCUGGAUGUGUUUGUUGUGAUAUGUUCUUUGCCUUUUGGUACUGUGAAGACCACCAACCAGUGUCCUUGAGGCUGAGCUUUGUACGGGAGCCAUUUCUUCUCAAGCAGAUGCUCUGAAAAAUGACCUUUUAAAGCUACACAUCUGACAGGACAAGUGCUUCUGAAGAGUGCAGAGGAAAAAAAGGUGGAAAAAAAUCACAGGGCAGAUCUGGUUGUGGAUGGGUGUGAUGCAGUCCAAUUGAAGAUAUAAGGAAGCCUCAGUCCAAGAUUCUUUUUGGGCAGAAAAAUACAGCUUUGUCCUUCUUCCUUUGCCUUGAGAGAUAUGAAAAAUGCUGUAAUUGGAAACAACAAACAAAAAGCCAACUUGAUUGUUUUGGGAGCAGUUCCAAGGUUGCUAUACUUGCUUCAGCAAGAAAGCUCCAGCACAGAACUGAGAACAGAAUGUGCAGUGGUCUUGGGAAGCCUUGCAAUGGGUACAGAGAAUAAUGUCAAAUCCCUACUAGACUGCCAUAUUAUCCCAGCCUUAUUGCAAGGAUUACUGUCACCAGAUUUGAAGUUUAUAGAAGCUUGCCUACGAUGUCUCCGUACCGUAUUCAUCAGUCCUGUAACUCCAGAGGAUCUUCUAUACACAGAUGCUACAGUUAUCUCGCACCUCAUGGCGCUGCUCAGUAGGUCUCGAUAUACACAGGAAUACAUAUGUCAGAUCUUCUCACACUGCUGCAAACUUCAACACUGGCAUAGCUGCGGCUUUAAAUCAUUGCCUCAGCCACUUCUGUGUGCCAAUGGUCCAGACCACCAGACAAUCUUGUUUAAUCAUGGAGCAGUUCAGAAUAUCGCACAUCUCUUAGUCUCCAGCUCCUACAAAGUUCGAAUGCAAGCCUUGAAAUGCUUCUCUGUUCUAGCCUUUGAAAACCCACAGGUAUCAAUGACUCUAGUAAAUGUGUCAGUUGAUGGAGAAUUGUUACCACAGAUCUUUGUGAAGAUGUUACAAAGGGACAAGCCUAUUGAAAUGCAGCUCACAUCAGCCAAAUGCCUUACUUCCAUGUGCAGAGCUGGAGCAAUACGGACAGAUGACUCUUGCAUCGUUCUUAAGACUCUGCCAUGUUUGGUUCGAAUGUGUAGCAAGGAGAGACUGCUGGAGGAGCGAGUAGAAGGAGCAGAAACUCUGGCCUAUUUGAUUGAAACAGAUGUGGAGCUCCAGAGAAUUGCCAGCAUUACUGACCACCUCAUUGUCAUGCUUGCUGAUUACUUCAAGUAUCCCAGCUCAGUGAGUGCAAUCACUGAUAUCAAAAGGCUUGACCAUGAUUUGAAGCAUGCCCAUGAACUGCGCCAGGCCGCUUUCAAGCUGUAUGCUUCCCUUGGAGCAAAUGAUGAAGAUAUUCGAAAAAAGAUCAUUGAAACUGAAAAUAUGAUGGACCGUAUUGUUAAUGGCUUAUCUGAAUCUAGUAUCAAGGUGCGAUUAGCUGCAGUCAGAUGUUUGCACAGCUUGUCCCGUUCUGUUCAGCAGCUCAGGACAAGUUUUCAGGAUCAUGCUGUAUGGAAACCCUUAAUGAAGGUUUUACAGAAUGCUCCGAAUGAAAUUCUGAUAGUAGCAUCUUCUACACUAUGCAAUCUUCUUCUAGAAUUCUCACCAAGCAAAGAGCCUAUUUUGGAAUCAGGAGCCAUAGAACUUCUAUGUAGUUUAACACAAAGUGAAAAUCUUGCCUUGCGAGUGAACGGCAUUUGGGCUUUAAUGAAUAUGGCAUUUCAAGCUGAACAGAAGAUCAAAUCUGACAUCUUACGAGGUCUGAGCACAGAGCAGCUAUUCCAGUUACUUUCUGAUUCCGACGUAAAUGUUCUGAUGAAAACUUUAGGAUUGCUCAGGAAUCUUCUGUCUACUCGUCCACACAUAGACCAUAUAAUGAGCACUCAUGGGAAGCAAAUCAUGCAAGCAGUGACCCUCAUUCUGGAAGGGGAGCACAAUAUAGAAGUCAAAGAGCAGACGUUAUGUAUACUUGCCAAUAUAGCAGAUGGGACAACAGCAAAAGAACUGAUUAUGACCAAUGAUGACAUUCUUCAGAAAAUCAAGUACUAUAUGAGUCAUUCAAAUGCUAAACUUCAGCUUGCUGCCAUGUUCUGUAUAUCUAAUCUCAUAUGGAAUGAAGAGGAAGGCUCACAAGAACGCCAAGAUAAACUACGAGACAUGGGAAUAGUAGAUAUCCUACAUAAAUUGAGUCAGUCAUCGGAUCCAAAUCUGUGUGACAAGGCAAAGACAGCACUCCAGCAGUAUCUUGCAUGAUCAAAGGCUAAUGGAAUCUAUGGACACCCCUCAUGUCUACUUAAGGAACAGCAGGAAAUAUACCUGACUCCUUAUAUUUGCACAAGUCACCUUGGGCUGCAUUUUUCUUAGGUGCAGGGAGCUGCUUUGCAGAAACAGUUUAAAUGAUCAGGUCUCCAGUGCACUUGAGAACUUUUUUUGAGGUAGUUUCUUUACUCAGAGGACUCCUGGGGGGUUGUUUUGGUUUGUUUGUUUUUUUCCUGAGCUACCUGGACUUUGGAAUAGAACAAUCAGUCAUCAUUUUCCUUUUGGGCCUACAGUUUUCUGCUUUUGCUGCAGCCUGUGUGCAUGGAUGUGUGUGGGUGUGUUUGAGUGUGUGCGUGUGCUUGGAUGAAUGUGUGUUGGGUGUGAUACCUCAAUUAUGUUUUUCCUUUUUUUGUGUGAAAAUCUUUUUCUACAGGUUUUCAAGGAUUAACCAUUGUUUGCUGUACGAAUACUUCAAUGAAUUAUAUACAGUUUGAAUGAAAUGUUAUUUAAACAAAAACUGUUGUAUCCCAUAAAGUUUAUUUUGAAUUUUGAACAGAUGAAUGUUUUUAAGUAAAAUAUAUGCAUUUCUGAACUUCA